ACGCGCAACGAAAACAAACCCAUUUUGAUACUGGCCACAUUCACCUCGAUCGCCAUUGGUAACGGUUGUGUCAACAAAACUUUUGUUUACAAAUGGCCACUGGCGAUAAAUUCAAAGUUCCUCUGCCAUAAGGCCCAUAAGAUGUGAGAGUGUUUGUUUAGUUUAAUAUUAGUUUUCAGUGAUGGGUAAUUGUUGGGCGUACGUUACCCGCCGCCGGAGCGUGCGUAGACGUAUAGUGUUAAUAUUAAUAGGUUUAGACAACGCGGGAAAGACUAAAACCGUGAACAAUUUGGCAGGAGAGAACGAUGAUAAAGUUCUGCCGACCGUAGGUUUUAAGGCUGUUAAUUUGAUUCAUAAGGACACCCCGGUGACUAUUUACGAUUUGGGAGGAGGGCCGCAUUUCAGGCAAAUAUGGUCGCAGUACUAUAGCGAGGUACAUGGGGUUAUAUUUGUUAUCGACUCGAGUGAUUUUUCACGGCUGGAUGAAUGCCGUGCCGUGUUGGAAGAAGUGUUAUCGCAUGAUAAAAUAUCAGGCAAACCAAUACUGGUGCUGGCCAACAAGCAGGACAAGUCGGGCGCGCUGGACGACAUCGAUGUAGUCGAGAAACUGAACAUAGAACCGCUUGUUAACAAAUACCGAUGUCCAACCCUAGUGGAAUCCUACACCGCCGAAACGGAAACGAAGAAAAAAAAGCCUAAAAUCGACCCAGGUCUAAAAAAGGGUUACCACUGGCUCCUGAACUACAUCGUGCGUCGUUAUGGAGACAUAAACCUGCGCGUGCAGACAGACAUACAUGCAGAGUUGGAGAGGAGGCGGCUGCAAAGCAAAGCGAGCCAGACUUUUACUGCCGACAGCGAAAACACGCAAACUGGCUUUGAAAAUCCAAACUUCAAUCUCGAAAGCAAGGAUUCCGAAGGUGUCAUAGUGGUCAAGCCGAUCUCCAUGAAAACCAAUAGUGUGGACACCACAGUUACCAUCGAGAGUGUCGACAAGCCAAAGUUAUCGCCGCUUUUUGGUCGAGCUAGUACAGAGGCGAUGCCCACAGCAAGGGUGGAGUUGGAGCCUCGGGCGGAAUUCAGAAAGCUUUCACCAAUCGCUCGCAACAGAAGCGGUGGCAACCACAUCGACUUUAUGAACAGGCCACAUUCUAGUCCCACGAAAAAGAUGAAGGUCGAGCCAUUGUGUCAAAACUCAUCUCUAGAGUGUGAAGAGAAAACGGCUCGAGAGCCGGAGCGACCGCGCCGUGUUAUCAGAGAUGGGGAAAUUAUGCGGAGAGAAAUAUUACUAGCUGACCGAGAUGUCAACAAAACGGCGUCUUCAGACGUGACCCCGCUGCGGGACGCGGCCACGCUGCCGGCGGGCGGGCGGCCCGCCUCCGCCUCGCAGCUCGUGCGCCGCCAGCUGGAGGUGUCGGCGCACAGGCGGCGCCUUAGCUUGCGAUACGUGCGUAACAAGACGAGCCCGGAACGUGUCUCCAUGAUGGUGUACGAACCGAAAAAGAGACACCUCGACAAGGGGGACUUUCAGCACGCCACCAACUGACGCCGGUAGUAAAAAGUUUCCGCUGUGAUGGGACCACUGAUUGACAAAUA